AGACAACUUCUCGUUGGUGAUUAGGCGAUAAUGAUAUGAUAACCAGGGUUGCAACCAACACGGGAUUAAUCGGCCGCACAUCCACAGCCUACAGGUCUACGGUAAGCUCACCUAAAGACAUCAUCAUACCCCUAUCGCGUCUCCGAUGCACCGAAUUCACGCUCCUUGUGCAUUCGUCACCGGUAGUGGAUGGAGGCAUAUUAACGACAUCGUAUUAAUAUUUCCCCAAUACUACUGUUUCGUUGUGCUAUAAGAACCCUAGCUGCUACUCGGAGUGUCGUCACUUUUAUGUAUUGAAGCCCCACACAACUACACACUCCAAUAUCUCUAGACUCUAACCGUCGAUUCUAAUUACACCAUGACUACCGCAAAGCCAUUUGAUAUUGCUAUAGUCGGGGGCGGUAUAAGCGGACUUACACUCGCAGUUGCCCUCCUUCAGCAGAAUGUGCCCUUCACAGUUUACGAAUCUGCCUCGAAAUUUACCGAGAUUGGCGCCGGCUUAGGGUUCGGGCCAAAUGCUGUCACUGCCGUUGAACUUAUCUCCCCCAAGCUGUUUGAAGGGCUUGAGCGACGUGUUACUCUUGGUUGGGAGAGCAAGCGAAAGAACUGGUUCACGAUCAGGGUUGGCGAUCAGAGAAAGGCAGGCCCAGAUGGAGUGCUGAAGCAGAAGGAAAAGGAGGGGUUGAGAGUCGGAGACCCAAUUUUUGACGUUCAGUACACCGACGAUAGACUUGCCGGUGGUGUGCAUCGAGCACAUUUCCUAGAUGACCUUCUCACGCUGAUACCAGACUCAGUGUCGAAGUUCGGUAAGAGGCUAGUUAACAUCAGCAACGCUACAGACGGGUCACAGGAUGCUGUUUUGCACUUCGCGGACGGGACUACGGCGCAGCAUAGUGCUGUGAUAGGUUGUGAUGGAAUAAAAUCCAAGACUAGGGAGAUACUGCUGGGCGAACAGUCGAAAGCCGUGUUCUCUGGAAAAUACGCAUAUAGGGGGUUGAUACCGAUGGAACGAGCCGUAGAGUUACUAGGCGCCGAAAUAGCCGAAAACCCCCAGUUAUGGAUGGGAUAUCAUCGUCAUCUGCUUACCUUUCCAAUUGAGAAGGGUAAGACUAUGAAUGUCGUGGCCUUCAGCUCUUGCGACACAUGGACCGAUCCACAGUGGGUGGUUAAAGCAUCAAAGGAGAAAAUGCUGGACGAUUAUAGUACAUGGGACCCUGCUGUGCAUUCCAUCAUCAACUCUAUGCAGAAAAGAGACGUCUGGGCUCUCUUUAAUGAUCCACCUGCAGAGACUUACUACGGGUUAAGCCCUCGAAUAUGUCUCCUCGGCGAUGCUGCGCACGGUACCACGCCUCACCAGGGCGCAGGUGCCGGUAUGUGCAUUGAAGACUGCUAUAUCCUAAGCCGUCUCAUAGGAGCAGCAAAGAGCACCCAGGAUCUUAACAAGGCAUUCCAAGCAUACGAUGAGGUAAGGCGGCCGAGAACCCUCAAGUUGGUAAAAACCAGUAGAGAGGCAGGCAUGCUAUACGAGUUCGAACUCGAAGGUGACGAUCUUGAGGCCAUUGAAAGAAACUUCAAGUCGCGCAUGAGUUGGAUCUGGGAUGUGGAUUUGAAGCAAGACCUGGAGAAGGCCUUAUCAAUCCUUAAAGGUUAACUGCCUCUAUGUACGAUGUUAGCGAUGUUUAUAGAAGAUUUCUUGUUCUUUUAAUUAUCUACCAAAUUUUAUUGUACAAUCUUACAGAGUCGAUCAUAUUCUACUAUCGUUAAAAACUAUGUGAAGAUUAGGGGAUAUUUUAAGCAAGGAAAACAGACUACCAUGCUCUAGGAGUUCAUUUAUUCUAUUCAUUGUCACCUCCU